UGUAUGGCAAUUGUGUUCAACAGAGCCAUACAAGGAGUCAAUUGUAAGCUAUAUGUGAAACGCAUGCGUAGUGUUUGACAAUUGACACAACCAUUGAUGUACUCAUUGCUUGUGAUUCAUAGUAUUUGAUUGAAUCAAACAAUCAAAUCAUUGGAUCAAUUGCUACAUCAAGUGUUAGCAAUUGUGAACAAAUCUGUUGACAACUCGUGUGGUAAUUGACAGUACAAUCAAUUGAUUUAAAAGAUGUCCAAAGGUAUAGUCAGGACGAGUAAGUUUCGGCACGUGUUUGGAAAGGCGUUGAAGAAGGAGAACUGUUACGACAAUAUCCGUAUUUCCAAGAACUCGUGGGACAGCAACUUCUGUGCCGUUAAUCCCAAGUUUGUGGCCAUAAUCAUUGAGGCCGCCGGUGGCGGAGCUUUCCUCGUACUCCCACUCAAUAAGACUGGUCGUAUAGAUCCUAAUCAUCCGUUAGUUGCGGGCCAUAAGGGACCUGUUCUGGACAUCGCGUGGUGUCCUUUCAACGAUAAUGUCAUUGCCAGCGCCUCAGAGGAUGCAACAGUCAAAUGUUGGCAAAUACCAGACUAUGGCUUAACGCGAACUCUUACAGAACCUGUGGUUGAACUUCAUGGACACCAAAGAAGAGUUGGAUGUCUUUCAUGGCAUCCAACAGCUAAUAAUGUGUUGUUAAGUGUCGGUUCUGAUAAUAAAGUAAUCAUUUGGAAUGUCGGCACCUCUGAAAUGCUUGUGAUGAUAGAGUCACCAGAUUUAGUAUUUCAUGCCUCUUGGAGUUGGGAUGGAAGUCAUCUCGUGACCACAUCUAAGGAUAAGAAAAUACGGGUUUACGACCCAAGAACUGGGGAUUUAGAAUCGGAAGGCGAUGGACAUGAAGGAGCAAAGCCUCAACGGGCUAUUUAUUUAAGAAAUAAUUUAAUUUUUACGACUGGUUUUUCACGAAUGAGUGAAAGACAAUAUUCUUUAAGAAGUGAAUCUGCUUUAAGCGAACCCAUUGUUUUGGAUGUAUUGGACACUAGUAAUGGUGUACUCUUUCCUUAUUAUGAUCCCGACGUCAAUCUUGUCUAUCUCUGUGCAAAGGGUGACAGUAAUAUUCGUUACUUUGAAAUAACUGAUGAACCGCCGUUUGUCCACUAUAUAAGCACAUACCAGUCCAGUGAACCCCAACGAGGUAUAGGUUUUAUGCCUAAGAGAGGGUGUGAUAUCCUUAACUGUGAAAUCGCACGACUCUAUAAACUUCAUACCCGAGGUUUUUGUGAAGUAAUUCCAUUUACUGUUCCUCGAAAGUCCGAAUUAUUUCAAGAUGACUUAUAUCCCGAUACAUUGAGUGAUAUACCUGCGCUUACAGCUGAGGAAUGGAUCAAUGGUGAAGACAAAGAACCUGUUUUGGUAUCACUUAAAGAAGGCUAUCAGCCGACGAAGAAUAAAGACCUAAAGUUGGCCAAAAAGAAGCCUAAUUUGUUAGACAAAUUGCCCGCCAAAAAGCAAUUGUCUUCAUCAGGUGGUUCCAAAGAAUCAACUCCAUCGCCUCCCAGUUCUCCAAAACCUUCUGGAGGUUCAUCCGGUGUUUCAAAUCAAAGAGUCGAAGAAUUGGUUUCAGAAUUGAAUAAAUUAAAAGCAAUUAUAUUGAAACACGAGGUAAGGAUCAGAGAUUUAGAGAAGAAGGUUGAAGAGAGUCAAACUGAUUCACAUAAUAAUCAUAACUCACAACAAAAUAACGGCGAUUCACAUCUCGCCGAUGAAGUCUAAUAUUUGUGUUUCAAAGUAAUCAAUGCCUCAAUUAAUUAAAUAUUUUGUGCAUUACAUUAACAGUAUAUACAAAUGUACAGUAUAUUGUAAUUUACUGUAUUAUAAGUAUAUACAAUAUAUUUAUUUAUACAUAUAAGCAUUAAUUUAUAAAUUGCAUACCAAAUAUUGAUAUCAUAAAUACUAAUUAAUACACUACUUGUGAACUAAUUGUUGAAAAGGAUGGCUAUUUUGCUCAAUUAUAAAAGCCAUUGAUGCCAUUCAAUACAAAAAAAGUGAUGUUUACUAAUGGCAUACAAUUGGCUUCUAUGCAAAAACAAAGCCAAUGCUUAAAUAAUUUUAUUUUUGAUUUUAAAACUUUAAAUGCUCUUUUGUUACAAUUUGAACAAAUAUUGUUUUAAUUAUUUUAUUUUAUUUGUUUAAUUAUAUAUAUAUUUAUGAAUAUAUAAGAGUAAUUAUUGAAAUUACUCACUUUAU